CUGAAGAGACGUAUUCAACAGUGGUUGCAUGCUUGGUAAACUCUGUUACGAUUUGGCAUUACAGGUUACUAGUCCUAUUUAUUUACGACAUAUACUCUUAGUGCAAAUAUAAAUAUUGACAACAUUACAGGAGAAUUAUAAUAUCGAUAAAAUGAUACUGUUAAUGAUAUGGGCAGUGGUGCUAGUUGUGGUGAUAUUGUUAUACUUCCGUCAAACUUACUCAAGAUUCAGUGACAAUGGUGUGAAGCAUUUCAAACCUAUACCGUUUCUGGGUAACAUGACCAGGAUUCUCUUUCGUUUGGAAACCUUCAAUGUCGACUUGGACAGGAUGUACAAUGGAUUUCCGGAAGAGAGGUUUAUCGGCCGAUACGAGUUUAUCAAGCCAAUCAUAUUGGUUCGAGACCUUGAACUGGUGAAGAAGAUUGCCAUCAAGGACUUUGAACACUUUCUUGAUCAUCGCAGUUUUACUGAUGACUUGAUUGAGCCGCUUUUUGCACGAAAUCUGUUCUCUUUGAAAGGUCAAGAGUGGAAGGACAUGAGAUCAACUUUAAGCCCGGCGUUCACCAGCUCAAAGAUAAAGUUAAUGGUCCCAUUCAUGGAAGAAGUUGGAGAGCAAAUGAUUCAAGCUCUCAAGAAGAAAAUUAAGGAGUCCAAACAUGGGGCCAUUGACGUUGAUUGCAAAGAUUUGACGUCACGGUAUGCAAACGACGUGAUCGCCUCGUGCGCUUUUGGUCUGAAGGUGGACUCUCACACUGAUGAAAAUAACCAGUUCUUUGAAAUGGGGAAGACAGCUGCCACUUUCAAGUUCAAACAGAUGCUAAUGUUCUUUGCUAUGUCUGCCUGUCCAUCGCUCGUGAAGAGACUGAAACUGCAACUAUUCACGAACCAGACCAAGGAGUUCUUCAUCGACCUGGUGAUGAACACAAUGAAGGACAGAGAAGCAAGAAAGAUCAUCAGACCAGACAUGAUCCAUCUUCUCAUGGAAGCUAAAAAAGGUCAACUAUCUCAUGAUGACAAACUAACAACAGAAAAUGGACAUGGUGAGCGAGAUGCUGGAUUUGCGACCGUUGAAGAGUCUACAGUGGGCAAGAAGAAUACAGAUAGAGUUUGGUCAGACACCGAUCUCAUCGCCCAAGCAGUCCUCUUCUUCAUCGCUGGCUUCGACACCAUUUCAACAGCCAUGGCCUUCGCCUUACACGAGCUGGCUGUAAACCCAGACAUCCAGGAUCGCUUGUUUGAAGAAAUUAAGGAAUAUAAUGAGAAACACAAUGGAAAGCUCAGUUUUACUGCUAUUCAGAACAUGACUUAUAUGGAUAUGGUGGUUUCAGAAGUCCUCAGACUGUGGCCUCCAGCGAUGGCCUUGGACAGAAUCUGCGUAAAAGACUACAACAUGGGCAAGCCCAAUAGCAAAGCUACCAAGGACUAUAUUAUACGCAAAGGAGAGCUCGUGUCAAUCCCGUCGUGGUGCUUCCAUCAUGAUCCUGAAUUCUUCCCAAAUCCCCAGAAGUUCGAACCUGAACGCUUUUCAGACGAGAACAAGCAUCUUAUCAACCCCAUGGCAUAUAUGCCUUUUGGUCUUGGACCCAGGAAUUGUAUUGGAUCCAGAUUUGCUCUCUGCGAGCUCAAGUUCCUUCUGUACCAUAUCCUGCUGCAUAAUGAGGUGUCGCCUUCAGAGAAGACGCGUCUACCCGCUAAGUUGUCGACUGAGUCUUUCAACCCUCGCCUCGAAGGCGGUCAUUGGUUGACGUUUAAACUACUGUUUCUGCUAAUGCUUUGGGUCGCGUUGCUUAUACUGGUUGUUCUGCUAUACUUCCGUCAGACUUACUCCAAAUUCACCGUCGAUGGCGUUGCGCAUUUCAAACCUGUUCCAUUACUUGGUAACAUGUCCAGAAUCUUCUUUUGUGUUGACAACUUUAGUAAUGAUCUGGAUCGGAUGUACUACAAUUUUCCGGAAGAGAGGUUCGUCGGCCAAUAUGAGUUCGUCAAGCCAAUCAUAUUGGUUCGAGAUCUCGAACUGGUGAAGAAGAUCACCAUCAAGGACUUUGAUCACUUUCUUGAUCAUCGCCAUUUUACUGAUGAUGUGCUCUUUGCAAGAAGUCUGUUCUCCUUAAAAGGUCAGGAAUGGAAGGACAUGAGAUCAACUUUAAGUCCAGCAUUUACCAGCUCUAAGAUAAAGCUUAUGGUUCCGUUUAUGGAAGAAGUUGGAGAGCAAAUGAUUCAAUCGCUGAGGAAACAAAUAAAGGAUUCAGAACAUGGUGCAAUAGACGUUGAUUGCAAAGAUUUGACGUCACGGUAUGCAAACGACGUCAUCGCCUCAUGCGCUUUUGGUCUGAAGGUGGACUCUCACACUGAUGAAAAUAACCAGUUCUUUGAAAUGGGGAAGACAGCUGCUGUUUUCAAGUCUAGACAGAAACUAGUGUUGUUUGCUAUGUACGCAUGCCCAUCGCUAGCAAAAAGACUAAAAUUAAAACUAUUCUCAAACGAAACGAAGGAAUUCUUCGUCAAUUUGGUUAUGAGCACCAUAAAGGACAGAGAAGCAAAGCAUAUCAUCAGACCAGACAUGAUCCAUCUUCUUAUGGAAGCCAGAAAAGGUCAACUAUAUCACGAUGAUAAACUGACUACGGAAAAUGAACGUGACACUGGAUUUGCAACCGUCGAAGAAUUUACUGUGGGCAAGAAGACUACAGAUAGAGUUUGGUCAGACACCGAUCUCAUCGCUCAAGCAGUCCUCUUCUUUAUCGCUGGCUUCGACACCAUUUCAACGGCGAUGUCUUUUGCUUUGCACGAGCUGGCUAUACACUCAGACAUUCAGGAUCGACUGUACAAGGAAAUUAAAGAAUAUGACGAGAAACAUAACGGAAGGCUCAACUUUACUUCUAUUCAGAACAUGACUUACAUGGAUAUGGUGGUUUCAGAAGUCCUAAGACUGUGGCCUCCAGUAAUGGUCUUUGACAGGGUAUGUGUAAAAGACUACAACAUGGGCAGACCAAAUAACAAAGCUACAAAGGAUUAUAUUAUACGCAAAGGAGAGCUCGUGUCAAUCCCGUCGUGGUGCUUUCAUCAUGAUCCUGAAUUCUUUCCGAAUCCCCAGAAGUUCGAACCUGAACGCUUUUCCGACGAGAACAAGCAUCUCAUCAAUGCCAUGGCAUACAUGCCUUUUGGCCUUGGACCUAGGAACUGUAUUGGAUCCAGAUUCGCUCUCUGCGAGCUGAAAUUUCUGCUGUACCAUAUCCUGCUGCAUAUUGAGGUGUCACCUUCAGAAAAGACGCGUCUACCCGCUAAGUUGUCGACUGAGUCUUUCAACCCUCGCCUCGAAGGGGGUCACUGGCUGAAGUUUAGACUACGCGCAUCUUGAUACAAAAAAUAUAUUUUCUAAAAUAUUCACUGGAUUUUGAUCACAUCAUACAUUGUAUUUUUUUCGGGUAAAUCCUCGUGAUCGUCACUCGGUGAGGGGCAGAGGUCAUGUCAGACUCCCACUGACUUAAACCCCUCACUUGUUCUGC